UGGGGAACAAUCAAAUGUAACAUCGGAUUGGCUUUGUUGCCCCAUGAUAAUGAUGCUACCAUGACACUACAAAUUUAAAUGUUAUCUUGAGACACCAUCGUGACCAAUGUAUGCUGAGAAAUUAAAAGGGAUGAAGGGUAAAAACUAAAAAGAAAAGAGCAAAUCAUGAUUGAAAGUUUUCCUUUAAAAGAAGGAUGAUUACUAGCACCAGAGCAAUGAAACCGAUUGGCACGAACCAAAAUAUGGAUGUUGAGAAAGUCUUUCACAUGACAGGAGGUACUGGAGAUAAUAGCUAUGCCAAGAACUCCUCAUACCAGAAGAAGGUAUCUGACAUGGUCAAGCACAUAACCAUGGAAGCAUUACAAGAAGUCUAUCUUGCACUAGCACCAAAGAGCUUAGGCAUAGCUGACUUGGGUUGCUCCAGUGGAUCUAACUCAUUAUCAAUCAUCAAAGAUAUUGUUGAAGCUGUAGAAGCAGCAAGUUGUAAAAUCAUGAUCCCAGCACCUGAGUUUAGAGUGUAUCUUAAUGAUCUUCCGACUAAUGACUUCAAUUCAAUCUUUAAGUCGUUGCCAGAUUUUUACAGGGACCUCAACAAAGAAAGAAGUGAUGGGCCUCCCUUGCUUUUCAUAGCAGGUUAUCCUGGUUCAUUUUAUGGGCGACUUUUCCCCAACGAUUGCUUGCACUUUGUUCAUUCGUCAUACAGUUUGCACUGGCUUUCCAAAGUUCCUCCAUCACUUUAUGAUAAGCAAGGCAAACCGAUUAACAAGGGCAGCAUUCACAUUUCUGAAUCAAGCCCUCCACUUGUAUCCCAAGCAUACUAUGCGCAGUUCCAAGAGGACUUCUCGUUGUUCCUUCGCUCGAGGUCUGAAGAACUUACUACUGGAGGGCGUAUGGUGCUGAUAAUGUUAGGAAGAAUAGGUCCAGAUCAUGUUGAUAGAGGCAACUCAUUCUACUGGGAACUCCUUUCAAGAUCUCUUGCCAUUUUGGCUACCCAGGGGGAGAUCGAGAAGGAAGACAUAGAUUCUUAUGAUGUACAUUUCUAUGCACCAACCAAGGAUGAAAUGGAAGCUGAGAUAAGGAGAGAAGGUUCCUUCGAAUUGGAAAGAUUUGAGAUGUUUGAAACAGAGAAGGAACUUUACAAGGUUAGUGAAAACUAUGGAACUGAAGUUGCAAUGACAGUUAGGGCUAUCCAAGAAUCCAUGCUUUCCCACCAUUUUGGAGAAGGAAUUUUAGACGCUUUAUUUGAGAUCUAUGGAAGAAUGGUAGAAGAGGAAAUGCUUAAAGAAGAAAUUAAUCCCAUUACUUUUGUUGUAGUUCUUAGAAAAUUAUAAAUGAUAAUUAUGGCCAUUAAAAA